AUGAGUAUGCUCCUAAAAGACGCGUUAUACAAUUACAGCACCCGUCUCAAGCCGAAGCCCCUCCAAUUCAGCGACGAUGGUCAGGACCGGUCGUUUUUCAGCAGGCGGUCACUAACCAAUGUCUUCAGUCCCACGAUAAAGCAUUUCAGUUUUGACGGAAGCGGCGGGCUACCCUUCGGUAGGCGCUCGCCUUCUCCAAGAGGCCAUUCCACAGAGUCUCUGGCCUCGAACGAGUCGUUCGACCUCGACUGGGACCAGAAAGCCCUAUUGGAGCUCUCCGACUCAGUGCGGGCCUCUCUGCGGAAGGACAACGCAGUCGGGCCCGAGGCGGAGCGACUGAGCAGCUUCCUCGAGGCGGUCCUGAAGGACGAGGAGCGUAAGCAGCCGACGUUGGACUUCGAGGCCAUCGAGUUCGCCCGCCUCGACAAGCUGCUGGCCGAGCUGCUGGCGUUCGCCGAGAUGGUCAAGGUCGCCAGCUUCACGGCGGACCUGCCGCUGCGGUUCCGCGUCGACGUGUCGCAUGCCAAGAGCCUGCAGCGCAUCUGGCGGCGGCGCUUCCGCGAGCAGUUCUUCAUGAUGGACCAGCACCGGUGUGCGAUACUCGUGAAGGGCGGCCGGCUGAAGGAUGUCUCGUUCAACAACUCCUUGACGUACGACGUAAGCAAGUGGGAGACCAAGAUGAGCGAUCCGAUCUCCGAGCUCGAAGGUAACCUGCAGUAUGAGGCGGGGCACUGGUGGUUGAAUAUCACAUGCGCCGAACGAGAUGGCAUUGUUGGUAGCUCGCUCGAGAUGCCGACCAAGGGACGAUACGGCAGCACAACCCUCCCUCUUUUGACGGGCUGGGAAGAACUGAUCCGGACUAAUACGGUCAAGUAUAUCCGUGAGGGACGCUCCUCCGACAUGCACAUCGCCUUGAUCUCGCAAGUAGGGCGCCAGAUCCGGAUCCUUCGGGGGUACCGACUGAAGAGCAUAUUUGCGCCUCAAGCCGGUGUCAGAUAUGAUGGACUCUUCACCAUCAAGCAAUACGGCUGCAAGCUAGACGACAAGACCAACACGUACCGCCUCGAACUGACGAUGGAGCGCGUUCCCGACCAGAAGUCGUUCGACGAGAUCAGGGGGGUCCCCAAACCGUCACAACUGGACGACUGGAACCUGUACGAGAAGCUCGAGGGGGACAAGAUCAAGAUACUCCAGGGAGAUUCGAACUACCUGGAGUGGAAGCUGACGAGGCAGGAGGAUAAGGUCGAUCGUGAGGAGUGGAGACGGGUGUGUGCGUUCCGAGCCUCUUUCUCGUGGCAGGGGGGGCCGCCUCUGUGA